AUCAAAGAAACGAAAAGCUGACAAAUGCCCGUGCGUUUGGGUCGGCGCGAUGGAGUUGUGGCCAAUCCGACCCAGUCCAGCUGUAGGGCCGCCGCCGACUCCCCCGCCUCUCACGCGCGUCGCCGCCAUCGCCGUCUCCGUUCUACUGCACCGCGUCCCUGCUCACUGCUGUCUCCGCCCCGUCCGCAAUCUCGGACAUAGGUUUUUGAGAUCCGCCCCUGUUGGUGGGGGUGAUUCGCCGCGGGCGGGCGGCGGAGAUGAUCCGUCUGCAGACGUACGCGGCGUUCAGCCUGCUGGCGACGACGUCAGCGGUGUACUACGCGUUCAGCAGCAGGGAGCAGUUCUACCCUGCGAUGGUCUACCUCUCCUCGUCCAAGAUCUGCUUUGUGCUGCUCCUCAACACGGGCCUCGUCGCCAUGUGCACCACCUGGCAGCUCGUCAAGCGCAUCUUCCUGGGCACGCUCCGUGAGGCCGAGGUUGAGCAGCUCAACGAGCAGUCCUGGAGGGAGGUCGUGGAGAUCCUCUUUGCGGUCACCAUCUUCCGCCAGGACUUCUCCGUCGCCUUCCUCGCCAUGGUCGCCGCACUGCUACUCGUCAAGGCGCUGCAUUGGCUCGCACAGAAGAGGGUCGACUACAUUGAGACCACGCCCUCUGUGCCGAUGCUGUCGCACAUAAGGAUUGUGUCCUUCAUGGUGUUCCUGCUUGCCGUCGACUGCAUCUUCCUGUCGAGAUCCUUGAUGCCACUGAUAAAGAACCGGGAGGCGUCUGUUGCAAUCUUCUUUUCCUUUGAGUAUAUGAUACUAGCAACAUCAACGGUAUCGAUAUUCGUGAAGUAUGUAUUCUAUGUCAGCGACAUGCUAAUGGAAGGUCAAUGGGAGAAAAAGGCAGUGUAUACAUUUUAUUUGGAGCUCAUCAGUGACCUUGUGCACUUGUUUUUGUAUAUGCUCUUCUUCGUAGCUAUCUUCCUGAACUAUGGUGUCCCAUUGCACUUGAUCCGUGAGCUGUACGAGACCUUCCGCUGCUUCAGAAUUCGUGUUUCAGAUUAUGUGCGCUACAGAAAGAUAACUUCCAACAUGAAUGAACGCUUUCCAGAUGCUACAGCUGAUGAGCUUAAUGCGAGUGAUGCUACAUGUAUUAUCUGUCGUGAAGAGAUGACAACAGCAAAGAAGCUGCUUUGUGGGCACUUGUUCCAUGUGCAUUGUUUGAGGUCAUGGCUAGAGCGCCAACAUACUUGCCCCACAUGUAGAGCUCCCAUUGUCCCCCCGGACAAUGGACGUACUGCAUCAGCGCAACAGCAUGGAGCUCAACCGGGUGUUCAGCUUGCUGCAGGCAUCGGCGCUCCAGGUUCAGAAGGAGCAACAAGUGAGAACAUGAACAGGCGUCAAGCAAAACUUGAGGCUGCUGCUUCAGCUGCUUCCAUAUAUGGGAGAUCUUUUGCUUAUCCUCCAACAAACACCUUGAAUAGGUAUUCAGGACCUCUGCGUGCUACAUCAGGUACUUCACAAUCAGGAGAAGCAAGUACUUCCAAUCAAUCGCAGAACAACCAAUCAUUGCAAUGGCCGAACAAUCAGGAUCUCUCGGCACCUCAGCCUUUUAUUUCACAUGGUCCUGCCAGCUCAGCAACAAUCAACAGGGACCUUGAAAAUUCACUACAAAAGACUUACGAAAACGCUAUAAGGAGCCAGAUAGAGAUGUUGCAAAUCCAAUUGCAAAUGGUGCAGCAAGGGGCAACAGCGUUGGCAACUAACAAUGAGAAAGCUGAACAAGCGAAAAAUGAGUGAAGUGGUAUAUAUGGUGAAGUGUGAUCUUGAUAAACAUGCAAAGAGUAUAGAUGGAGAUUUGGCAAUGCCUUUGGUGGGGGCUCGCUUAUGUAAAUGUUAGCACCCCUAUCAACAUCAGAUGUUUGUUUGUUUAAUGUGCUAGUUUGUGUAGCUUAAAUCUUGCUGUCAAACCAGGAUUAUACCUUAGAUAGAAAGGGAGUCAUGUUGUAGAGCUGACUAAUUUGACAGCAUCUGUGAGACCAAGCAAGAAUACAUCUGCCGGGGAACAUUUUCCAACAUGCCAUCAGAAAUAAACCUUCUAUAUGGAAAAUGCCCUCGGUUCUGUCCCUCCCCCAAAAAUUUGUCCGUGUGAUGAUUGUAAAUACAUGUGUGGUAUGAUCGGAUGUAAUUUUUCUUGAUUUAUGUGUUUGGAUGAUCCGAAUUUACAUGCUUCCACUUUGGCGGUA